CUCUCUCUAGACUUUCGUGAAAAUUUCACUUUCUAUUUCGUUAUUGAACGCGAUUCUAUUGAUUAGUUAAUAACGAAAAGAACUUUUUUUUCUUCUCUUGAGUUUUUUCUCUCUAAAAAACUUUCUCCCUCUACUCUUGAUAUCUCUCUCUCUCUCUCUCACUCCUCUGUACCUAUUCAGCCUUAUCUUCAUCAUCACCAUCAUCAUAAGUGGUAUAUUGUUCAACGAUAAUCAACAAGUGAUCUUGUCCAACAAUUAACAGAGACACUUUUGAUUUGUCUCUUAAUUAGAGUUAAUUAUUACUCGAUGACCUUAAUCAUCUUGUCCACCAUCAUUACCAUUAUUUAAAUGUUUACACCUUUUUCAAUUUGAUUAGUAUUAGUAUCUAAAUCUAAUCUUUAAUUGUUGUUUACUAAUCAUAUAACUCAAGACUCUCAAUCAAUUGACAUUCACUUUCAUUUAAAGUGUAAACUUUUAACGUGUUUCAAUUGUUUCAAUUGUCACAAUCAUUAUUGCUAUGAUUUACUUGUUCACUUAAAUUGUUUCAGGUAUGUGCAAUUAAAACACUAAAUAACCAAUUGGAUUAAUCAACAAUCAACUAAUUUUCUUCUUUGUCCAAAUUUACAAUCAAAUCCCAUGGACACAAUUUAUCAUCACAAUCAGUUGAUUAACUUGUUCAUCUAAACUUUUGGAUUAUUUAUAAUUUGGUAACAACAGAACGAGAAAUCAACAAUUAAAGUAAAGAUGGUUCAUAAUCCAUUUGAUUGUCAACCAAAUAAUAGCAUAUCAAUGCUACUGGUCAAUAGUGAUGCGAGUUUGUACGAAUGUUUUAACGGUGACUUUUUUGACCAAAGUGUUGACUCUAAAGAGAUUUUAUCAAGCUUGACCUCAAGUGUCCCAAUGGCGGGAUUAACCCUUGACCCUGUAUCUGCAUCAGUUUUAAUACCAACCGAUUUGAACGGAAAUUAUCAUGGACUUGAAAACAGUGAAUCAACAUUAAGCUCAACCCAUCAACAGCAUCAUCAUCCAUUAAACAAUAACAAUGAGCAUCAUAAUCACCCCCACCACCCACAACAACAACAACAACAAUCCCAACAUCAUAUGUCUCAUCAUCAUCAUCAGCAACAACAACAACACCAUCAACUUCAUCACCAUACACUUGCAAAUUUAGCACCAAAUCAAAGUCCAUCAGCUAGAUCAUCCUCAUCACCUUCAUCAUCAACCUCAUCUUUAUCUCCAGUAUCAUUAUCCUCAUCUUCAUCUUCAUCACUCUCACCAGCAGCAACCUCACCAUCCUCUUCAACCACCACUUCAUCUUCAACCUCAUCAUCACCAUCACUUUCACCUUCAUCUAAAUCAACUAACACAACCAAUUUAACAAAUGUCUCACUACCUUUGGGCUUAAUUAACACCAACAGUGAUAACAAUCAUCUAAUUAUCAACAAUACCAAUAGUAACAGUAGCAUUUCAAGUUCAAAUAGUGGUAACAGUAAUCAAAGUGUUAAUAACAAUCAACAAAAUCACCAUCAUCAUCAUAUGAGUGUUAAUAAUAACAGUGGUAAUUGUAAAUACACCGAUUAUAUUGAUGGUAAAUUUGACGGACUCAUGUCCACUUUCUGGACAAUGGACAUUUCAAAAAACUCUCCUUUCCUUUCUGAACUUGCCUCUGACUUGGAAUCACGUUACUGGGAAUCCAAGCCCCCUGACCAAUGGACAUCCGAAGAUGUCUGGCAUUGGAUAUUCAGUUGGGCGGGUGACCGAAACAUUGACGUGGACGAUGUCCAACCUUUGGCCUAUGCAAACAUGAACGGUCAACAAUUAUGUUCAAUGUCCAAGAUUGAUUUUAUCUCAAUGAAUCCCAAAUAUGGGUCACACAUAUACGACACCCUUAAUCAACUUGUCAACUCAUUCAGAAAUGUAACAACACUUAACAGCCCUGGAACUGGUGAUUACAAUUGUUUCCCAAAUUUACCAAGUUUUGAUCUUCUUCGAAGCUCUUGUUUAGAUCUUGAUGGUCAAGGAAGUAGUCCAUCAUCGUCAGGAAGUGAAUCUGAUAGAGAAUCAACUAGUAGCUCUAUGACAACCGUUAAUGAAAGACAAUCAGCCCAUUUAUUGGCAGCCGUUGAAAACACUGAUCCUAAUUUGGUAUCUGCUAUCCCAGGCCAUACAAUUGUUGAUCCAGUUACUGGUUUACCCGGUAAAUCAAUACCAACCUUGACUACACCAUUAACUGUCCCCGUUAAAAAGGUUGGCAGAAGAGGUCGACCCCCUAAGAAAGAUGCUAAAUCAAGAAAUAGACAAGGAAAAGGAAAUGGUAAACUUUGGGAAUUCAUUCGAGAUCUACUUUUAGACUCAGCUACAAAUCCAAGUUUGAUUAGAUGGGAAAGACGAGAAGACGGCGUUUUCAAGUUCGUCCAAUCAGAUAAAGUUGCCAAACUUUGGGGCCAAAGGAAACAAAAUCCUCGAAUGACUUAUGAGAAAUUAAGUCGAGCAAUGAGGUACUAUUAUAAGAGUCAAGUAUUGUUACCCGUUUUCGGCCGACGAUUGGUAUAUAAAUUUGGUCCAAAUGCUACAGGAUGGAGAGCACAUCCAAUUGGAUUGAUAUAAAAAUCCAAGUAAAGUCUAAAUUGUUUCCACAGUAAAACAAAAAGCACAAAAAGUUAAUUUUUUCCAUUCCAAACACAAUCAACAUUCAACAUAAUCGUAUUUAAAGCAACAUAGCUUUCUCAUUUUUCUUUUCGAAUUUUUUUCCCUCAUCAUCAUUGUCACCUUGUUGUUACCUGUUAAUUUCCUUAAUCUACUUUUCUAUUCUCUUUAUCCAUGCAAUAUUCAUUUUCUGUUCAACUUUCUCUUGCCACCGAAUCAUGUCUUAUCCUUUUUUCUCUCUCCAUGUAUUUACAUAUUCACUUCUUCAUUCUGGAUAGUUUUCAAUUCUUUGCACAAAGAAAAUCCUAUUGGCUUCCUUUCUCCUUUCCAAUCUAUGUUAUCCAUGAUUUUCCAGGUUAAAAUCUCCUGAAUUUCGACUGAAUCAUCGCCUUUUUCAGCUGAUUAUGGUUAAGAUGAAAAAGAAAAAUUUUUUUGGACAUUUGAGGUCAAAUCCAAGGAAAAGUUUGAAUAUCGUAUUACCAUCAUCUCGUUAUCCAAUAAUUACAAAAGAAGUUGGCAUUUUUAUCGUUGCAUGUUAAUUAACUAUAUCAUAACAAGUAAUCAAUCAAGAGAAUCAACUAAUCAACUCCACGAGGAUACAAUUGUAACACUUGGCAAUCAACAAGAUGAACUAAAUUGACAAUUGACUUCAUUAUCAAUCGUCAAUUAAAUUUCGCCGAUCACAAUUUUUCAUGUACAAAUCUAAUUUCAAUCGCAAUUCAACAAUUGUAAUUGAAAUGUGAUCAAUUUUUGAUUAUUAUCUCUUUAAUCAUUAUUGUUUUUAUUGAAAAGACAUUUAUAUCAAGAGACUGACAGAUUGACCAAAAUGGUCAACAUCCUCGUAAAGAGCAAAUUCACAAUUGAUUUAAUCUCGUAAUCAUCUUAAUCAUCACCAACACUAAACUUUAUUGUUAUUUCAUUCUGAUUUAUUGGACCAGUUUGAUUUAAUCAUGAAAGUUUUACAAGCCGAUCAUCACAUGUAAACAAUUAGUUAAUUGUUGUACAGUGAAAAAUGGGAUUCGUCAUCCAAGACUGUUGUAAAUAGACAAAAAUUAAUAAUCAUUUUUUUCACCAUCAUCACAAUUAACGUCAUCUCCAAAUGGACACUUUAACUUGUUCAAGAUCAACUGAAUUAAAACAAAUUUUGUUUACUAAAUCAAAUUAUCAUCAUCAUCAUCAUCAUCCACAUCAUCACUUUUAUCACAACAAUCAUCAGCUGUAGAUACUUUGGUUAAUCAUAUUCUUGAUCAAUUUGGUUCCUUAAUUGUAUCCAAUUAGAUUUACACUUGGAAUCAACUUUAAAUCAACGAAAAAAUCACCAACAAUUUACUGGGAUAAAAAAUAUACUUAUAUAUAUUGACAGGAUUGAAAAAAUUUCCACUGUUAUCAUCUUAAUUGUUAUCAUAGAUUAGAUAUCGACCUUAAUUGUCACAACAAUUGUAUCCAAAAGGAAUCAGAAUUAUACUUUAUAUCGUUUUUACCAAUGUGCUUAUAACUGAUUUUAAUUUUGUACCUUGGAAAUAAUUAAUUUGAUUGAUAAUUUACUUGCGAUUAAUUAAUGUAAUCCAAUCUUGAGAAACUAUUCCAAUCUAAUCAUUUUCAUAAUCAACCAUUUUAAUUGUUUUCUUUUUUUUCUAAUUCAAAAUUUCACUGAGUUGCCUAAAAGUGGAAGACCCAACAAACCAAACGAAAACUUAAUCACCACAGUUAAUUUUACGACUUCAAUUUGAUUCUUCUCACAAAAGUAUUAACAACAAACACUAAAUUGUAAUCAACUCUCUUCCAUUGGUGAUUUAAUGAUCUAAAUUAAUUACUAUUCCAUGGGAAGUAUAACAUUAUCAUCAAUUGUUAUCCAAUUUUAUAUAAAAAAGAAACCAUUGUAACAAUUAAUCUCAAACGAAAUGAUUAAAUUACUGUAUAUUAAAUAGCGUUUUCUGUACCGAAAUUACAAU